GUUACUUUGGGAGAAGAAGCAGCAAAGUUUCGAAAAGCGCUGGCCGUCUCAUUGCACUAUACAGCAAGUAUUACAGCAAGUGCAAUGGUGCCUGCCAGGUGAAGGCGGUAUAGCAACGCCCCUGCCUUUGCUCUGACGUUUGUAGAGGUGGUUUGACAGCGAUGGCGUCCGCUGUACAGUCGUCCCUGACGCAGCGGUGGCAAACCUUUGCACCUCGCGGAUCCGCGCAGACACAGCAUCUUCGGGCGAGCUCUAACCUUGCAUGCAUACGUGCAAUCAGCACCCCGGCAGUUUCACCCCGCAAAUGCAGAUCCCUAGCCUCUGCUUUCAGAGGGCUCACAUCCCCCAUCCCCUCUAGUCUUGCAUUCAACCCCCUGCGGCGGGAGGAGCUGAUUCAUCAAAAGAAAUCUGUUCUGAAGAGGGGGCUAGUGAAGGCAGCAGCUGCAGCUGAGCUCGAAGCAAAGGCCACCCCCCCAGCGUGGGAGGGCGCCGCAAUCCUCCCUUCAUUUAUCUCCAUUGCGCUUGGCUUAGCGGUGUGGAAGGCGCCCAAGCCCGCCGCCAUUUCGCAGCAAGCGUGGCAGCUUCUCGCCAUUUUCCUCUCCACCAUUACCGGCCUAGUCCUCAGCCCUCUCCCCGUAGGAGCCUGGGCCUUCCUUGGGUUAACAGUGACCGUUCUCACCAAAACCCUAACCUUCCAGGCAGCAUUCAGUGCGUUCACCAACGAUGUGAUCUGGCUCAUCGUGAUCUCGUUCUUCUUUGCGCGCGGCUUCGUGAAAACAGGGUUAGGAGACCGAGUUGCCACCUACUUUGUGAAGUGGUUAGGGAAGAGCACGUUGGGAUUAAGUUACGGGUUAACUGUGGCUGAAGCGUUGAUUGCACCCGCAAUGCCGAGCACCACCGCUAGGGCAGGAGGCGUGUUUUUGCCAAUCAUUAAGUCGCUGUCACUGGCCGGUGGAAGCAAGCCGGAGGAUGGGACGCAGAAGAAGCUGGGGGCGUAUCUUAUUCAGAAUCAGUUCCAGGCUGCUGGCAACUCGAGUGCGCUCUUCCUGACCGCUGCCGCCCAGAACCUGCUGUGCAUAAAGCUUGCGGGAGAACUCGGCGUGAAGGUCCCCGGCCCAUGGCUCACCUGGUUCAAGGUCGCCAGCGUGCCCGCUCUAGUUGCGCUCCUCACGGGGCCCCUGAUCCUGUACAAAAUCUUCCCCCCUGAAAGCAAGAACACGCCCGAGGCGCCUGGAAUUGCCACAAAGCGGCUAGAGGCAAUGGGUCCUGUGACGAAGAAUGAGUGGGUUAUGAUCGGCACGAUGCUUCUGGCGGUGACGCUGUGGAUCUUCGGAGAGCAACUAGGCGUGGCGAGCGUUGUUGCUGCCAUGCUGGGCCUGUGCGUGCUGCUCGUGUUUGGGGUGCUCAAGUGGGACGACUGCCUCACUGAGAAAUCUGCGUGGGAUACGCUCCUGUGGUUCGCCGUGCUGGUGGGCAUGUCGGGUCAGCUCAACAACCUCGGCCUGGUCAAGUAUAUGUCCGACUCCGUAGCACAGACGCUCGCCAACGCCAGAUUGAGCUGGCAGGCCUCCUUCGGUUUGCUCCAGGUCGUCUACUUCACGGUGCACUACCUGUUCGCCAGCCAAACCGCCCACGUGGGUGCGCUCUACUCCGCCUUCCUGGCCAUGAACCUCGCCGCGGGCGUGCCCCCCCUCCUCGCCGUGCUCGCGCUGGGUUACAGCACCAACCUCUUCGGGGCGCUCACGCACUACAGCAGCGGGCAGGCCGCCGUCUACUUCGGAGCUGGAUAUACGACUCUGCCCGAGACCUUCAAGCUGGGUUUCAUCAUGGCGAUCUGGAACGCUCUGGUUUGGACUGUUGUGGGUGGGGUGUGGUGGAAGUUCCUGGGACUGUACUAGAGCGCCACUUGUCGAGUUGUGAGUAUGAGAGCACUCAGGACACUUUUCGACGAUUUGGGGGGGAUGUGUUUGGUGUUGGGUGCGGGCAAAGUCAGGGCUUCAGUUUUUGAUCGCCUAGAACUUAAGCAGAGCGGAAAGGUGAAUGGGAAAGGGAUUCUGGGGUCAGAAGGUCAUUCUUUUGGAGGUGGCAGAAACUUGGUCAGGCAGUCGUCAUUUAAGAUCGAUCAGACAUCGGUCGGUUUCAUAUCCAUGUCGCUCUUGCUAGCUCUAUAAGCAGACUAAAGGUCAGUCUAAGCGGCGGAGAUCAAUGAACUUCAGUUCAAUGUUGCGCUUGCUAGUUUUAUAAUCAAUUAAGGAUAGGCAGGUCAACCUUUCUUCUCAGGACUUGGACAGCUAUCGUGUCAAAGCAUUCCGGUAUGGUCGAGGAUAUCAUAGUUCGAGAGCGUGCCAAGCUCCGCCAUCCAGCGUGCAUAAUAGCCGGACGGAAUUUAAAGCUGCGAGUCUGGGUCCUUUGAAGAAUUUGGUGAGUCGUGCCUUCGUGCCUACACCGGGUCUUAGGGAUUGCGAAUUUCAUUGUGUUCUAAAUUUCUAACUUAAUAAUACGUGCGUGAUUCCACA